UAAAAUCUUGUUCGUUAUAGAACGAAACGCACACAACGUACGUCAACAUUGUCAACAACGAAAAUGGCAGCGACUUGGCGUCUUGUGUAAAAUUAGACAUUCUUCCAUUCUGUUGAUAAUAAGACAUAAUCCAUAUUUGUAGCUUUAUUUACCUCUAUUACAUAUUAUAUUAUAAUAAUGUAACAAGUUUUCAGCAUGACAAGGAACCUUACUGUAGUAUUUUAGUUCUCAAUCAUGUUUUGUCUUGAGAGAGUUCUAAUAUUUUAUAACUCUAUCAUACCGCGAACUACAAAGUAUUUGUAAAUGAUCUUUUGAUUAUUUUAUGAAUAAAAUAUAUUAUUCACCGCAAUGGAAGACGUGAAAGUUUGCCGAAUAUGCCUUGUUAUGGGAGUAAAGAUGUACAACCUGCAUACGUACCCAUUAUAUGGUUACUUUGAAUCACUUAUUGGGAUAAAUCCUCUAAGCAUGAUGGAGCUCCCUCCGUAUGGGUGUUAUGAAUGCGCUGCGCUGAUGAAGAAGCUGUAUGAUUUUAAGGAGCGAUGUCUCAUCGGUCAGGCUGAGCUGUAUUCUGUGUUGCAGGCAACUGGCAAGAUUACGGCCGAAGCGUUAAACGGUAUAGACCGCCGGCAACUUAACUUGAUCUCUAAUCUAUCCAUCAGCCAUGAGAAUAAAAUAAUAUCCUAUGAACAUGAUGAUAAUGUUCAAGUGAAAAUAGAGUCUCCCAAACCGGCCAAUCAUGAUUUUCUCAUUGAAAUUGAUACUAUUAAGCAAGAAGAUUAUGAUGACUUCCUGAUGGCUAAUAUGUCAAGUGAUGAUGAGCCGCUUUCCUUACAAAAGAGUCUAAAAGUGAAAAAGAAAGUUAAGAAAAAAGAAAAGAGGGGACGGAAGAAAAAAGAGAAAGUUGGUUUAGAAUGUAAUGGAGAGUUACAGGAUAUUGAGGCAACAACCGACAUACCAAUGACCCUGGAAUCCGAAGCCUCAAAGGCCACAGAUGCCUCAGAAGCCCAAGAGGCCUCUGAGCUCCCAGAAGCUCCAAGAAAGAAGCGAGGCCGGCCUCGGCUGUCGGAGGCUAAUAAAGAAGCGAAGCCAAAAUCACGUCGGACUCGCAAUACUGGAGGUGUGGGAGUAGAUGAUAUAGACUUAGGAGAGUAUGUCACGGUCGUCAAGUUAACUCCCGAAGAGCAGCUAUCGGAGAUAACUAAACGCCAGCAGUCCUCAAACUACCUGAACGCUCCAUUCCAGUGCAGUCUUUGCUAUAAAGGCUUUAUAGACGCGUUGGCUUGGAAACACCAUGUGGGAAAACAUGAUCCGAGUGCAGGUGAAGUGGAGUGCAACAUUUGCAAGUUCCGUUUCCGCUCUCGACGCGCUCUGCAGAAACACGCCGCCAACCACGAGAAGAAAUACGCCUGCCGAUCUUGCCCAUACGUCUCCAAAACCACAACGCAAGCGAAGCAACAUCAGCGAUGGCAUAAAGGCGUCACAUACAAGUGCCAGUACUGCGACGAGAUAUCUACUAAAUGGACGUCGUACCUAAGCCACGUGCGAAUCAAGCACCCCUCAGAGUUCAUAUGCGGCGUGUGUGGAUACUCUUACGUCAGCAAACUCGGGCUGGCCAUGCAUAAGACUAUGAUGCAUAAGGACUAUGUUGAAAAGACUGAACCUGAUGCCGAUGCAGAGCCGGGCCCGUAUUGCCAGGAGUGCGACGUACAGUUCGUGACGGAGGAGGCGUGGAAGCGGCACAUGGUCACCUCCACCAAGCACGCGCCCUCUAACGACUUCAAGAACGGGUGCCGCGCGUGCGGCAGCGUGUUCUCCAGCGGCGAGGAGCUGCGCGUGCACCACCGCGCCGCGCAUGCGCGCCGCCGCCCCAAGAACUACGGCAAGAAGCAAGACCACGCCUGGCCCGCGCCCUGCGAACAUUGUUCGGAAGAGAUACCGAACGCGCGGGAGUACUGGACGCACUUCCGACGCGCACACCCGGACAAACCGUACCCCAUUCAGAAGAACUACAUCUGCGAUAUUUGCGGCAAAAGCUUUAGGGGCAACGCGUUCCUCGUCUACCAUAAACGCACCCACUUCGAAGAGCGCGCGUACAAAUGCGCCGUCUGCCCCAAAGCGUUCCACAACCGAACCAACCUGCAGAUGCACGAAAAGACGCAUUCGGACGCACGGCCCUACCCGUGCUCUGUCUGCUUUAAGGCUUUCAAGUGUAAGGGGGCACUCGACAGACACUUUAGGAGCCACACUGGCGUAAAACCAUACGAGUGCGAAGUAUGCGGCAAGGCGUUCGGGCAGUCCAACAGUCGGAAGCUUCACGUACGCACCGUGCACUUACGUCAGCCAGCGCCCUACGUCAGCCGCGCGAGGAAACGCCGGCCGCUUCUUGAGGCGCCCGCGCUUUGUAACUAACGUAAAAACCAUACGAGUGCGAAAUGUGUUGGGGAUUAGGGUGCCAACUUGCCAAGCCUGCGCUUUACAACUAGGAACGUGAAAAUCAUGCUCGUGUGUAAUGUGUUGGCGACUACGGGAUUAGGUUGUAUCGCGCAGGUGUGUCAACCCGACACACACACAUAGACACCCGGCCCUAAGCAACUAGUGAAAACUACACUCGUGUAAAAAGUGUUGGUGAUUGGGGUACCUCACCCGCGCUUUGCAACUAACGUGAAAACCAUACAUGUGUGAAAUGUGUUGGUGAUUUCGGGAUGUCGGUACCGCACCCGCGCUUUUUCAACUAGGAACGUGAAAACCAUGCUAGUGUGAAAUGUGUUAGUGACUACGGUUAGGUUGUCACUCAUUUUAUAAAUAUUUUCGAACAUACUAUACAAGGGAAAAAAGUGACAUGACUUUUACGAACAUAAAUCUCUACCCUACAACAACCAAAGCAUUUGCGCAGAGUAGCCGGAAUGUGGCUGGUAUUUCAAAGAUAAAAGGCUUAAAUAAAAUGUCAAACUAUACCCACCUUAUAACUAGUAUUAUGAAUAACAGUUUUGAAUGAACGGUUAGUUUCACUAGAGACUUAUAUCGACCGAAUAAACAAUACAAAAUAAUCACGGUCCAUAUCCCGGAUAUAAGUCUAUCAUUAUGAAUGUUGGGACCAUAAGGAAACCUACCUAUAAGCUGAUUGAAAUCUGAAUGAUCUCUGAAUCUCAUCUUAUGUCAUAAUUAAUACUAUGUGCUUAUUUUUCAACAAAUAGAAUAAGUUCGCCUUUCUCCUAAUGACGUGUUUUUUUCUGUUUUUUUUUUUACAAUUAAGUGUUUUACUACUACUAUUAAAAACUUUUAAAAUCAUGUUUCAAUUAUAUUCUUUUUUAUAAAUAGAGUAAGCAUGACUAUAGAUAGUUGGUCAAGUAAAUCUUGUCAGUAGAAAAAGGAGGCAAAUUUAAAAAUGUACGCGCGAAGGGAUAUCGUCCCAUAGAAAAUUUGCAUUUUACGUCUUUUUCGACUGAAAAGAUUUGCUUGACCAACUGUAGUUGGUCAAACCAAAUUGUCAGAAAAUAAGAACAAAAAAAAACUAUACUCAUCCUUUUCUUUUGGGUGCUAGUACUGGUGUAAGACAAAUGUUUGAAAUGACAGUCCUUUGACAAACUAUAAUAUUGAAUUGCAUGAUAUAUAUUUUUCUGAUACAUAAUGAAUAUCUGUGAUAGAGUAUCACAAGCAUAAAAAUUCUAAUCAGUAUUUUAGCUAUUAUAAAUAGUACUAUAUCGACAAGGUAAGAUUAUU